CAAUAACCGUCCGGAAUCAAGCCCACCAAGAAGAAGAGGAAGACGACGAUGACGACCAACGGCCUGAACUCCUCGCGAGCUCCACAUGUUCCAGUCCCUCUCUAAUCCGUCCAUGGCGGCUUCCUUCUGCUGCUGCUGCUUCCAGCCUCUCCUCUCCUCUCCCUCUCCUCCCCAUUCCAUUUCUCAGAGCCCUUCAGCUCUCUCCCUGGCCCACCUCCCCGGCCCCGGAACCGCCGCCUUCUCCGCCCCUCUCUGCCACCACCUCACGCCCCCCGUUCAGCCGCCGAGCGAGCUCCUCAUCCGCCCCGUCCUCCUGUUCGGCGGCUUCGACAGGGUGGUCGACACCCAGACCGUGCUCGCCACCGUCAGCGUCCUUGCCGCUAUUGCCCUCUCUCUGUUCCUCGGCCUCAAGUAUUUUGCAGGGAGAUCCCGUCCCGUGCGACCGCUGUGCAGGCAAUGGAGGAACGAUGUGUGUUUUCUGCAAUAACGGGAAGAUGAAGCAAGAAACGGGCAUGGUGGAAUGCAAAGUGUGCAAGGGAGCAGGUACAUGUGAUCAUAUGUAGUUCGAAACAAACUCAUACACUGGAUACCGGAACAACUGUCAUCACCGAGAAUUGUCCGGUUUUGUGCCAUUUUCUUUCACUCGUUGAGUCUUUUCCCAUCCUCCUUGCCGACUCUGCAGGAUUGAUAUUUUGCAAGAAAUGUGGAGGUUCCGGGUACUCUAGGCGCCUAUGAGAUCUCUGCUUUGCCUCGGAUUGUAUUUGCCUACUCUGUCUCAAUUUCCUCGCAUCACAAAUUUUUUAACCAUCAAGAAUGUGAAGCAGCUGGAAGUUUCAGACCAUGGAAGAUGUAUAUUCUGAUGUAAUAUGUUCCUCGUUUCAGAAAUGCAAGAAAUUUCCGAACAUAAUUGAUGCAGUGGGAAUUGUACAGCAGCAAUUGCUGGUCUAGCACAUUUUCUGAAAUCGAUAUCUUGCCAACAACUCGUGGACCGGUAAGAUAAUCUGUUUAUUUCCCGGAUGUUGCUGUAUUGCAGAGUAUGGAAUUAGCAUUGGGACACUCUAUGGCAAAGAUUUCUCGUAAUAUAUCGAGAUUUGGUCAUAGGCAGGUUAGGGACACAAUGUAAUCAACAAGCGGAAUGAAAGGACUCGAUUUUGCAGUCUAGUGUACAAAGCAAGACGCAUUCGUUUUC